UCGGUUGGUUCAUUGCAGCGAAGAUGGCGGCGUUCGGACGAACAUUUCCAGCUCUCAUUCGGUCUUCUUUGACCCAAACACAGCGUCGACUUUCUGCCGCCGCUGCUCACGAUGAGCAAGCAGCCAGGACAUGGAAGAUACUCAGCUUUGUGGUUGCCUUACCUGGAGUUGCAGUGUGCAUGGCAAACGUGUUUUUGAAAGAGCAGCAGCAUAGCCAUGAACAGCCGGAGUUCACCCCCUAUAGUCACCUUCGCAUUCGCACCAAGCGUUUUCCCUGGGGAGAUGGCAACAAAACCCUUUUCCACAACUCACAUUUGAAUGCCCUCCCUGAUGGCUAUGAGGGACAUGAUGAGUAAACCCUCUCCCUCCAGACCUCAUAACUGGCAUGAGGACCAGUCUUCCUUCAUUGUUUGUUACUGGACCACACUCCCUUAAAACAGUUUACUCUUCUUCAUUUCCAAUAUAUUGACCAUUGACCUCUGCUCUCAGAUCAGGGCAACCAAACAAUUAGCUACAUAACUUUGGACCAUAAAACGAAUUUUCUGCUUAAAUGAAUAUGGCAUGAAUAAAGUAACUAUUAUUACCUCA